AGGCGUUUCAUAAACCGGGGUCACAUGAUCCUCCACUAAACACCAAAGUCUUGGGCGAGCAGCAACAGCAGCAGCGUAAACCUCGACCUCGACCUCAACGCAACAACCUGACUCGCUUAACUCGCCUUUCGGAAGCACGGGCAUUGUUUUGUUGUCUUUCAGUCAGCGCCGAGGGUUUUUAACCGCUUUCCCGUGCUCUAGUUUCGACGCUCAGUUUAGCAUCGAGACAGUUAGCUUACUAGCUCUGUUUGCUGCAGUUGUUGUUCAGUUCAUUUUCGAGCCUCAUCUGACCGCCAGUGACUGGGAGACCAACAUGACUACCACCGGCGGUGUCCACACACGGUGUCUGACUUUUACCCUGCAUCUAAUUUUAGCCGCUCUAGCCGUUCACCAGAGUUUGGCUACCAUGUCGCCGCCCACCACUGCGCCGCACAAGGACCCCGGCAGACCGGAGAGAGGGCGCUACCAGGUGACCGGCACUAAUGGCAGCGUGUGCUUGCUGGCGCACAUGGGCCUCCAGCUCAACAUCAGUUUCAGCUCCGCCUCCGUAAACAAGACGGUGCAAGACGUCAUCAACCUCAAGCCCAACGUCACGAAGACCUCCGGGUCAUGUGACGCAGAAAGCGCCACGCUGCGCCUCUCGGUAGAUGCCGAUAAAACCAACUUGACCUUUGUCUUCACUCUGAACACUACAUCCAACAAGUACCGCGUGAAUGCAAUUUCACUGUCAGCAGCCUGGCCAGACAUGAAAGAGCCCUUCUCAGCAAGUAAUGGCAGCCUGGACUACCUCCGCGGAACCUUGGGCUACUCCUACAUGUGCCGUGAGGAGCAGACUCUCGACGUGGUCCAGUCCUUUUCCAUCAACACCUUCCAGUUGCAGGUUCAGCCCUUCGGCCUCACCGGCAACCAGUUUGGCACGGCCGAGGAGUGCCAGCUGGAUGAAGACAACAUGCUGAUCGCCAUCGUGGUCGGGGCGGCCCUGGCCGGUCUGGUCCUCAUCGUGCUGGUGGCCUACCUCAUCGGCAGGAGGAGGAGCCAUGCUGGCUAUCAGACCAUCUGAGGUGGCGGCCGCUCGCAUGUCCCCCUACCCCGACCCGGCGUUUCCCUCUCCGCCAUUAACCGCGUUUAACUCCCCACACGUGUGCUGCUCACUCCCUUAGCACUUGGGGAUGUGCUUUCUGAACUGAUACUCAUAAUCUUAAUGAUAAUAAUACAAGGGAUGUUGUUGGGAGGUGACAUGAGGAAAUAUCUGGGUAAGCAAAAGAAGAAUCCUCAUUAUUUUGUUGUAUUUAUGCAUUUCUAAAGGGAAUUAUGGGAUUUCGGGGCACUUGUUAUUUUUUUGGAUGGCAAUUUAUAGUGAUUUUGUUUAUUUAAGUAACAAUAACUGGUGUUCAUUGCCGUAAAGACACUGUUUCUACAUUUAGUUACAUUUGCGUGCUUCGUCUCCUACUAUAUACGCCAAUGUCGGCUUGUCUUGUCAUGAUUGUGAAGUCUCAGGAAUGACCGGUGGCAAUGUUGUUGCAUCUGUUACGAAGGCGCACUAGUGAGCGGGAUAGGCGGUUGCAAUUUUCAAUGCAAAAUUGCUAAACUACUACACUUGUUUAGAUAAUGUAUUGACAGUAAAAAGGCAGCUCAGCAGCUAGAGGGGAAAAAAAAAACACUACCACGGUAAGGUGAGCUUAUUUUAGCAUAAAUCCUGGGUUAGGCUUGAUCAAUUGAGCAUGAAUUUUCCUAAUUAUAGAUUAAGCACAAUUUUUCAAAUGCCCACCACCUAUUUGUCAUGCGUGGUGCCUCAAGGCUCCCCUCUAUGUUCCCUUUUGGUUUAACUUUUGAACCUUCUAUAGGUGUUUGACACUUGACACCCACACCUUGGUUAGCCUAAACAUAUUUUGAAGGUUACAAAAUUAACCAAAAAAUAAAGGGGACCUAGAUGGCAGUUGUGACAAAUAGUCUGUGGUCUUUUGUCAAAACGUGGUUAAUCUAAUAAUUUGGAAAAUUAACUGUUAAUCGAACAUAGUGCUGGUUUUAUGCUACGCUAUGCUAAGCUUAGUUGGGUGGUCAGUCCAGGCAUAAACCAGGAGUUGUGCUCUGUUAAUAGUGGAUCAAGGAAAUUUAGUCAAAUGCCAAUGCCUAAGUCUAAUUUUUCGUUCGGCGUGCCUCAAGGCUUCCCUCCGUCGCCUUAAUUAUUUUUUUUUUUGUUAACUUAAAAAUAAAAGUUUUAAUAUCCUGCUAAGAUUAGCAUAGCAUACAUGCUGGUUAUGGGCUCAAUUAACCCAACGCUAAUUUCCCCCAUUAAGUAAAGUUUGUCAAUCCUUUGAUUUAACUUAUUGUUGAGUGCUUCAAGACUCCCCUCUGGGUCGAAUUUAGUUGUUUUGGGUAGCAUAGUUGGCAUAAAUCAUGCAAGACCAGCAUCUUGUCGUCGUUUGUUUUUGUUACAAACCACUUUGUGCUGCGCUCCUGUACAAACAUUUGAGUGUCCCAAAUGCUAAAACGUUAUCAGUGCCUUCCCUGCUGCAACAUCUGAAGUAACAUUAAUAAAUACAGAGGCACUUUUUCCCCUUCGACUCAACAUUGUGUCUUGUCCAAUGCUGUAUGUAAAACAUGCAUUAACAUGUUCUAGUGCAGAUGUUUACUGUUCCUCGUGGAUUCCCGUUUGAUUUAUUUGUUGUCGGUUUUAACUCUGUUUUCUAAAUGACGGUCAAUAAAAGUGAUUUGAAAGUUG